AUGGCGGCAGCAACACCUGCCGCGCGUGACCGCGAUGGCCUCAAGAUCAUCAACGCGUCUCUCUUCCGCAUGGGUACAAAGUCCAUGGCGCAGGCCUAUCAACUCCUGGGUUACAAGAUACAUCACGGCCUGCUCGAGAGCGAUGCCCUUUGGGGCCAGUACGAUGCGGUGACGGAUCUCGCCUCACCUUUUGCAUUGGAGUUGAUCAAGGCGUAUCCGGACGCCAAAGUCGUGGUUUUGCAGCUGGACUUCGACUCUUGGUGGCCCAGCUUUAGAUCGGCAAUCCGGGACACGGUCAUGAAGGAGCCCGUAUCCAGCAUCCAAGCUUUCAUCACGUCCCGGUUUCUUGGAAUACGUCCAGUGCAGGCUACGAAGAAGCUACUCUUCGGGUUCUUCAACGCUAAGACUAGGCUUGGGAUCGAUGAGGUCUGCGCACGAAAGGCAUACGAUGCCUACUUUCGAGAUAUACGCGAACUGGUACCGCCGGAACGGAGGCUCGAGUACAAGAUGGGCUCUGGGUGGGAGCCCCUAUGUGCUUUCCUAGGUGUGGACGUGCCGGACAGGAACUUUCCAAGGGAGAAUGACCGGGUCGCUCAAGCAUCGGAAGCACAGUCGAGGCAUAUGACGUUCUUGAUCAAUACCACCAAAGUCGCCGGGCCUUGGGUACUCGGGUUGUUCGCUAUCGGAGCCGCUUGGCUGUACAUCUAA